UAUGAACGCCUUCAGAAGACGGUUAACGCAUGCGCAGUAUAUAGUAUUUUAAAGAAAAUCCGAAACUAGGGCAUGACGGAGAUAGGUAUGACAAUGGACCCCGUAGGGGGUGUGACCAAGUCCAGUUGUUUCCUGCGUGCCACUCGCGUCCAGCCAGCGCGCCGCGGCUGCUGGUGUUGAUCAGGCCUCCCUGGUGACUAUGAGAUCCACCCUGUUGACCAGUGGAGGGCUUCACCAGGGCACGGGUACAGCAGGUGCACUUGACCACCUGGGUCUCACCAAGGCAGCCGUAGAGGAGCUUCUGUCCGGACAGCAGCAGCAGCAGGAGGAAGAGGAGGAGGAGGGGGAAAAGGAAGAGGAAGCAGCCGCCUGCCACUUCAUCCACCACUCUCUGCCCAACCUCAUCAGCUCCAUCCAGCACACACCACCACCACACGAGCACACAGCACCACACGAGCACACAGCACCACACGAGCACAGCCAGAGUGGGCCAGUGCUGCGCAACAAGAACAGGCCGCACACCCGGACGUUUCCGCUCUCGUGCCAACACCCACCGGGCGGCCAGCCGGGAGGAGGAGGGCAGCAGCAGACGACGACGAGCCCCAUUUUUGGAGGGGAGGGGCGCUUGGGAGGGCUUUUGGGGAGCUUCGGGGGAACCCUGACGUCGCCCGUCUCCUGCACGCAGAUGGGGGGCGAGGGAAUCCUCGCGAGAAGCAAGUCACUGUUCGGACACGCCAACAAGAAUAUGGGGAAGAUGGACCCUGCGGUCUCCAACGGCAGCAACAAGCAGCCGCGGGAGGCGGACGAGGUGCGCAGCGUGGUGACUGCGGCAGCGGCCGCAGCGGGGGGGCUGGGCGGGCUCCUGGGGGGGCUGCCAAUGCCAUCGCCCGAGCCCUGCGCCCCUGCCCCACAUGCUGAGGGCAAGCGGCGGAACCUGCGCAAGGCGGGCCCUGGCCACGGGGUGGUGCAGACCAGCUGCAUACGGCAGAUCCUGCUGCUACAGCUGGAGCUCAUCGAGCAGCAACAGCAGCAGUUGCAGUUCAAGAACAAUGAGAUCGACGCACUCAAGGAGGAGAAGGAGAUGUUGAUGACGCGCAUCGAUCGUAUGGAGAGGGCGCUACAGCACACAACGUCAUCCAAGAAGAGAAACUCCAGAAAUAACAACAACAGCAGUAGCAGCACUGAGCCACACGUGCCUCCAGCACAGACCACCUCCACAUCCGCACGCCGGAAAGAACCAGAACCACCAGGGGAGACAAGCGAGGAACUGGUGGCCGUGUCCAAACCUCCGUUUUUUGGAAGAGGGGGUAAAGGCCAAAAAAGAAGCUUCGUGUGCCAGCAGGAGCCCCGCACACCUGGCCGAGCACGCCGCACCACCACCACCACCACUGCGGCCGCACCCCUCGUCAUCUACAAGGAGGAGGAGGAGACAGAGGAUGAGGAAGAUGAGGAUGCGGAGGACGACGACGAAGAGGAGGGGGAGAGCACAGAGCACGAGUCAUUCAGCAUCCCCAGCUCCUCUCCCAGCUCCCUGGAGUCAGAGGUGGUGGGGCAGCAGCAGCAGCAGCAGCAGCAGCAGCCUCCCGUGCCCGCGCUGCCCUACCUGGCCACCACAGACAUGUACCUAUGCUGCUGGCAGCCCCCGCCACCCGCCGCCUCCCCCUGCUGGGAACCCUCGCCAUCGCAGGAAGACAAUGUCGAAUUGCCUUCCUGGAGGGAGAACACGGUGCCCCCCCUAUCGAAGGAGGAGAUGGCCAGUGUUACAGAGAGCGUGGAGGACGCAGCGUACCGGAAGAGGCACCUGAAGCUGGAGACGGACGAGAAGCGGAGGAAGAGAUGGGACAUCCAGCGAAUCCGUGAGCAGCGUAUCCUGCUGCGCUUGCAGCAGCGAAUGGAGAAGAAGAAGGGGCCGGUCCCUGAGCCCGAGCCCCAGCUCAUGUCCUUCUACCCCGAGGCAGACGAAGUUGAAUCCAUCAUGGUCACCGAAUUCCUGCCAGUGGUGGCAUUUGGUAGACCUCUGCCAAGCAUGAAGCCACAGAACUUUGAACUUCCGUGGCUGUACGAGCGCGAGCGCGUGCGGAGCCGUACGGAGGUUCCGGAGAAGAAGAAGAAAAAGACGCCGCACAGAACGUGCCGGAAGUGAGACGGCGGCACCCCACAGCACUUAGAGCCAAUCGGACAGAGCGGAAUCCCCUGAGAAUGGGAAACCCUGCGUCCUGUCCUGUCUUCUCUCUUCCGUUCACUUUUGAUACAGGACAUGCUGGACAAUUCACAAUAGCCUGGAAUGAGCAUAGAGAAUGUAGGGAUUUGGGGGGUGGGGGGGUGUAAUGCAUAGAACAUGUGACCUACGAGGUUCGGGUCUGGGUUUUUGUUUUGUUUUGUUUUUGUGGAAGAGGGUCGGUUAGGUUUGGGUGGUUGUGGGAUCCUAAACAUGUGACUGGCGAGGGACACAGGGAUGGGAAGACAUGGGUGGACGGGCGGGCGGGGGGCUCCAGGUCAGCAAUGAGGACUAUUAGGGAACCCCCUUCUUCUUUUUUAGCUCUGUAGAGACAUUACUGCCUUGUAAAAAUCUGCCCCAUCCUCCUCAGCUUCAGCAGAAGUGCCCUCAUAACAAAGAAACCACCCGCCCCAAGCCUAGCCCCAGCUCAAGCUUACUUUUGCUGAACUCGCUGUAUAGGGGACAUUUUUAUUAUUAUUAUUAUUUUAUUUUUGUUCUAAUUUUUAAUUUACCUCUCAAGCAGUGCAGAAUGUAUAUGUUUAAGUUCUUUGUUGGCAGUUUUGCAAAGCUUAUUUGUGUCAUAUACAAGUACGCGUAUACUAUAUGCCAGGCCUACCCACUUACCUCUCGUCGCAAGAGGGACGACAAGAACAACACAGAGGACUUGGGAGGUUGUUGUUUAAAAAAAAAGAAGAAGAACAAUGUCAUAUCAUUGUGGUAUAUGAAGAUGUGUUUGACUCCUGUCAUUCUUCUCUUCUUUAGUUGUUAGGAGGUUCUGUUCAAAUGUACAAAAAAGAUUGAUAAUCAUUUGUUGUAAAAAGAAGAAAUGUUAUGUUAUUAAAAAAACAUGUCAGAAUUAUUCUUAAAAAGUUAUUCUAAAUAAUUAAACUUGUUAACAACUGAA